AAGUGGUAGGAAAUACUCUUUGGUUAGUUCCAUAAUGUACUUCAUGGUAUACAUUCAUUUAAAUAAGUUUAACUGUUAAAAUUAAUCGACAGUAAUUCUAAGAAAUAUUAAUAAAAGCUUUUUAGUAUUAUUAUUUUAAGAUUAAUAAAAUAUGAAUACUCCAGAUUCAGUUAUAAGUAAAAGAUUUUACAAGAUCGUAUAUACUCUCACACAAGGCGUAACACCAGCUAAAGAUUUUGAAAAACAUUUCAAAGAAGGAAUAUUUGACAAACCAAAUACCGUAGGAUUUAUUCAUGUUUCUUAUUAUUUGUUAAAUAUAUAUGAUGAAGAACAUUUUAAAAAUAAUGUUGAAUGGCCAUUAUUUGAUAAAAAAACAGAAGUUAAAUAUCGCAAUAAUGUCAAAGACUUUUUGGUCAUCGUGUCUGAUGAAAAUAAAGAUUUGGAGUUUCCUUUAAUAUUAACAUCUCAUUUAGUAACUGCUGGCGGAAGAAAAUUCAUUAAUAUAAUGUAUAAAUUAUCGGAAGCUGUUUUAAGAAAAUUUUUACGAAAGUCAGGUAUAGUUCCUCUUGCGAAACCUAAAUCUUCACAUCCAGUAGCAAAUGUAUUAUUGAAAAAUACAAUUGCUAAAAAUGCAGUUUGUCUGAAAGAUUAUGCUGCAGUGGUUAAUCGAGUCGAACUUCAAGCGAAGGAAUUUUCUGAAAAGGCUAUAGAAUCUAUUGAAGUAGCACAAAAAAAUUUAUUGGAAGAACGACAAAAUCUAUUACAAACGAUUAAUAGUGUAAAUUCAAAUAGUCAAGAUUUUAAAAAACAAUUAUCACAAACUAAUGAUAGUGAAGUAAUAGAAGAUUGGAAUUUCAAUGUAAAUAAAAUGCUGGAGGAAUUCUCACAAAAAGUGAAUCGAAUAAAAAAAAUAAAAAAACGAAGUGGAGAAAUAAAAAAUUUAGUAGAAACUUCAUGCUCAAAUUGUAGGAGAAUAUUGAGUGGCAAAGAUUUACCUCUAAUAGAUAUUACAUGUUUAAUAGAUAAAUUAUUAGACCCAAAUGUUCAGGUUGCUUUGAGUAAUUUAUAUCAAGGAGGAAAAUUACACUUGAAUAAUCUGUUCAUUAUAUUAGCUUCUGUAUUAAAUUAUUAUCGAAUCAAUGCUAAACAUCUCAAUUCUCCACAUUUAUCAAUAGCUAAUGAUCAAGUUUUAGCAAGUACAGAGGAUUUGAAAUUACUGUUUACAACUAUCAACACAAUGAAGAACAAAACAAUAGAAUUAUCCAACGAAUUGGCGAAAGUUAUAACUUUAUUUCAACCUUCACACAAUUCAAUUCAUUUUCAUUUAGAUAAUGAAAUUUUCCAUAGUGAUGUUUUAAAAUCUUCUCCAGUAAUUCAAUUGAAAAAUUACGAACCUAAUAAGGAUGAUAUUUUUGAAAGGUUACAGCUUACACCUGUUGAACAUCCUCAAAAAGAAUUGCUUUUAAAAUAUUCAAAGUAUAAUGACUACAUUCGUUCUAAUCUGAUGCUAGAGCGUUCCAAAUUAACAAUUACACGAAUAAAUUUCGACGAAACUUUACCAUCAACAAGCAGGGAAGAAUCGAUGAAUAUUAGUCGACGUACAGUAUUAACACAGUCACCACAUUCCAUAGAAGCUCGUAUAGGGUCGAAAAUGGCUGAUUUAGUCAGAAGACGACGAGGAGGCCUCAAAUUAUUAGGUAACCAGUGGAGAACGAGUUCUCUUGCUAGUGAAAAUUACAGCAUGUAUGAACAACGCCCUUACAAUUCGUUUGUAAAUUCAGUUAAUAAUAGUUUAGAAUUAUCUACACCUCCAAAAAAUUCAUCAAUCAAUUUAUCCUUAUCUGAAAAUUUAUUGGGAAUUAAAAGUAUCGGCAAUCCAGUAUUCAAUUCUACAGUCUCUAGUUUGAAAACUAUUGUUGAAUCAACAACUGAAAUCAAGCCUGUUAAAGAGCCAAUAAAUUUGGAGGAGCCUGAAAAAACAACUGUUGAACAAUUAAAUGGUUUAGAACUAUUAUGUACAGAUAAAGAAAUUAACAAUAUCGACGAAAUUGACGUACAAGAUUUAAAUGAUACGAAAAAACGGAAAGACAGAAGUAAUCGAAGAUUUUCUAUAAGUGAUAUUAUGGAAAGAUAUAAAAAAAUUCGUGAUCAAUCUAUUUGUUUCCCUAAAACGAAUUUUGAUUCUGAUGAUUUUACUGCAUAAACAUAAAAUGUAAAAAAAAAAUUUGAUUAAUUUGUUUUUAUCAAUUAAGAAAUUUUUGUAUUGCGAUGAUUUAAAUAUUAUUUUAAUAUCGAAUGAAUAAAUUUAUUUAUGCAUUUAA